ACAUACACUCAACACUGUAUUUGUAUUUGUUGAAAAACCCUUUUCUGUGAGUCUGGGGUUUAGCCAACGGCUCUGCAACCGAAGUUCCCUCCCUCUCAUACAUGGCUGCCGCUGAUUCAGUACCAGCAUUACAAGUGAACUUCGCAACCUAAACACUCACGCUUGCAUAGGCAUGCCCAUCAAAAUCAACGGUAAGUAUUUCAGUCCAAAGACUUCAUAUUUCAUUGCUAUUUUUACCUUCAAAUUUGGCAUUCUGGCUUCUCUGUUUAUUCAAAUCUCGGAAACUAGUGGUCAUGACCCAUUUGGCAAAACUCAGAAUACCUUCCAUUCUCAAAUGGGUUUCUUCAAAUAUUAGUGAAAACCACCUUGGAUCAUCAAAAUGGAUACUUUGGCAAUCUCGGACCUUCACCAUGGCCCAAAACCCUAGAUAUUAUUCAACAAAAAGAACUGUUCAAACUGAAAAAUGUGAACUUUUGAAUGAAACUUCCUCUGCUAAUUGCAAAAAAGUAGUGAAAUUUUCUCUUGCCGCACGGAAAGCAGCCCAAGCUGCAUUGUUGGAUUAUUUGCAUUCAACUAGGAGCAUACAGUUUGUGGAUGCUGAGAAUAUGAGUAAAAACUCGCCACAUUUUCUUGAAAAGCUGUUGAAAAGGGUCGAAAAUGAGGGGGACAUUGGACGGGCUAUUAGCCGGUUUUUGCGGUACCAUCCCAUUAAUGAAUUUGAGCCCUUCUUUGAGAGCAUGGGUUUGAAACCUUCAGAAUAUGAUCCUAUUCUUCCGCGCAAGUUGAUGUUUCUUAGUGAUGAUGAUUUGUUGCUGGAGAAUUACCAUGUAUUGUGCAAUUAUGGGAUUGCGCGUAAGAAGAUUGGGAUGAUUUAUAAGGAGGCAAAAGAAGUUUUUCGCUAUGAUUCUGGGGUUUUGUCAUCAAAGCUUAAAGCUUAUGAAGAACUGGGACUUAGCCAGUCUACUAUGAUUAAGUUUAUUGUUCAUAGCCCUUAUCUUUUGAUAGGAAAUGUAAAUUUGGAGUUUGUUCAGGUAUUGGAGAAGCUAAAGAGUUUUGGAAUGGAAAUUAGUUGGAUUGAGCAGAAUUUGUUGGAUGGGAUUACUUAUAACUGGAGACAGAUGCUUGGGCUUUUAUGCUUGUUUAGGAAGAUGGGAUGCAGCGAGGAGCAGUUGGCUAGACUAAUCAUUGAGCAUCCAGGGAUUAUAUUUGAGGCCUCUGGGGAUAGAACACUGUCUCUAAUUGGGUUCUUAUUGAAAUUUGGAUCUACAGUGAACCAGAUGCGUUUGCUGUUUCUGCAGUUUCCACAAAUCCAAGUUGGGAAAUUUGUGUUGAAUUUGAGGCAGUGCUUUAUGUUCCUGAAUGAGAUUGAGAUGGAGGUCACAGAGGUUGGGAAGAUUGUCUGCACUCAUGCCCUAUUACUUGGUUCAUGUACUUUGAAGAAAACUAACAGCUUGCUUUCUAACCUAAAUGUUGGGAAGAAGCGACUUCGUAAACUUGUCCUGGAGAACCCACAAGAAUUGAAGAAUUGGGUUCUAGGAACUAAAGUUGAGCCAUUACCAGGAGAGGAACUAAAAUCAAAAUUCCAGAAGUCCAAGUUUUUGUUGAAUUUGGGAUUUGCUGAGAAUUCUGAACAAAUGAAAUCAGCAAUUAAGGUGUUCCGAGGCAAUGGAGUGGAGCUGCAGGAGAGAUUCGAUUGUAUUGUGAAAGCUGGUUUGAAUCAGAAGGAUGUUUUUGGAAUGAUUAAAGUAUCACCUCAAAUUCUUAACCAGAAGAAAGAUGUGAUUCAAAUGAAGAUUGAUUUUUUUGUAAAUGAUUUGGGCUAUCCCUUAUCAUCUUUAGUGAAAUUCCCAUCAUGUCUUUCAUAUACAAUGCAGAGGGUUGAGCUUAGGUUAUCAAUGUAUAAUUGGCUUAAAGAACAAGGAGCAGUAGAUCCCAAGCUGUCCUUGAGCACUAUAAUUGCAAGUUCAGAGAAAUUAUUUGAAGAGCAGUAUAUAAAUCAUCAUCCUAGUGGCCCUCAGGUUUGGCAGGAUUUGAAGAAAAAAAUUUAUUCUGUAUAAUGAAUUGUUUUAUUACUUGUACUUUUAAGGGUUUGGCAGGCAAGUUAUCUGCUAGUUGGUAUGCAAAAGUUCUUUCAAUCUUUCUUUUA